AUGGAGAUUGCAUUCACCAAUGUACCUCCAAACUGUGGUUUUGAGGUAAACGACGCAGAAGAACCCUGGAACUACUCUCAAAAAUUCGACUACAUCCACGGCCGAGCCAUGGUCUGUUGUUUCAGCGAUCCCGCCGGCGUAAUAAAUUCAGCCUUCGAAUCCCUUCGUCCCAGCGGCUACUUUGAGAUGCAAGACCCGCAAAUGCCCAUGGUCAGCAUUGACUCUUCGAUCAACGGCACCGCUCUUGAAGAAUGGGUUCGAGUAUCAUGUCUCGCCGCCGAGCGUCGCGGGCGUAAAGUAACAAAUUCAAGACACUACGGAAGAUGGAUGGCCGAGGCGGGAUUCGUGGAUAUUUUUGAGAAACAUUUUUUUGGCCGUAUAAUCCGUGGGUCGGAGCAGAAUUUGUUGGAUGGUAUUCGAGGGAUGACGAUGAGGAAUCUGACGGCGGGUUUGUGGUGGACUCCUGAACAGGUAGAAAGUUUGUUGGUGGGUGUUAGGAAGGAUCUCCAAAAUAAGAGGAUUAAUUCUGCUGUUGAUGUGGUUGUCUUUUUUGGAAGGAAACCGGGACUGGUGCAGCUGGAAAACGGGGAUGAUUCAGGUUGA